GCCGUCCGAUUCAACAUGUCUUUUCUUGCAUCUGUGGUGCUGGUGGCCUUUGUUGGAACAGCUAUAGCUAAUGACUGUGAGACAAUUCAUGGAGGCACGUGCCACGCCCUCUUUUUCGGCGGCUGUCAAUCGGGCGAGAAAUACACCCUGAGUGGGUGUGGCUUCCUGAAACAAUGUUGUUACACAGAAGGAGGUCACUCCGCUACUAACCGUCCGCCAUCAGGGACGCAUGCGCCUGGUAGCUGUGGCGUCAGCACCGUCAUCCGGAAAGGUUCAUUCCGUGUGGUAGGGGGGAAGCCCGCACAGGUGGCUGAAUUCCCAUGGCAGGUAUCGGUCCAGGUGUACGGACAACACGUGUGCGGAGGAACAUUGAUAGACCGACAAUGGGUACUCACAGCUUCCCACUGCUUCGACGAUGUACCCCGGUCGGCCCAGUGGUCCGUAAUUCUGGGUGACUACGAUCAAUAUCACAAUGAAGGUCACGAGAUCCGGGUCUACGCCUCCAAAGUCAUUCGCCACGAGCACUACAACCCUACGCAGAUUCAGAAUGACGUGGCUCUCGUGAAGCUGACGUCACCAGUAACGUACACAAAGUACAUCAGUCCGGCAUGCCUGCCGGAGAGGAACGAGAAGUUCGAGGGACUGUACUGUACAGUAACAGGGUGGGGCGCGCUCAGAGACGGUGGUGAUGGGACAAACAUUCUGCACAUGGUGGAUCUACCUGUGAUAUCAAACAGCGCCUGUAAUUACAAGCUGAAUGGCGGGAUUUACAGCACUAAUCUGUGUGCCGGCUUCAACAGUGGUGGCAGAGACGCCUGUCAGGGCGACUCUGGGGGUCCUUUCGUCUGUAACGUUGGGGGUGUCUGGCAGAUAGCGGGCAUAGUCUCCUGGGGGUACGGAUGUGCCGAAGCUAAUACACCCGGGGUGUACACACGGGUCACCAGCUUCCUGGACUGGAUAAACACCCACAAGGUGUAAGCAGUUAGACAUUAAUUAGUGCAUGGAAAUACUUGUAUAUGGCAGAGAAAGCCAGUCUUCGCGCGGAUGUAUUGUUGUCCCCGGUGGGAAUUUCCACCAAACGUAAGCACUUCUAUGAAACACAUUUGAACA